AUGGUGGGCGUGGAGAUCCCCCGCUUCUGUUACCACGACAGGCUGUCCAUCGCAGGUAACUGCCGGAUGUGUCUGGUUGAGGUGGAGCGCUCACCCAAGCCGGUAGCAGCCUGUGCCAUGCCCGUCAUGAAGGGCUGGAAGAUCAAAACGGACUCGGACAUGACCAAGAAGGCACGGGAAGGAGUCAUGGAGUUCCUAUUGGUCAAUCAUCCGUUGGACUGUCCCAUUUGUGACCAGGGAGGAGAGUGUGACCUCCAGGACCAGUCCAUGACGUUUGGCAGUGACAGAAGUCGUUUUACCGACAACGCCUUCUCUGGGAAACGUGCCGUCGAGGACAAAAACAUCGGACCUCUGGUCAAAACCAUCAUGACUCGCUGUAUCCACUGUACCAGGUGUAUCAGGUUUGCCAGUGAGAUAGCAGGUGUGGAUGACCUGGGCACAACAGGGCGUGGUGGGGACAUGCAGGUCGGUACAUACGUGGAGAAACUGUUCAAGUCGGAGAUGUCAGGAAACGUGAUUGACCUGUGUCCAGUGGGAGCACUCACGUCCAAACCGUACGCUUUCACCGCCAGACCGUGGGAAACCAGGAAGACAGAAACCAUUGAUGUGAUGGACGCUGUGGGCAGCAACAUUGUAGUCAGUACUAGGUCUGGUGAAGUGAUGCGGAUCCUCCCUCGCCUGCACGAGGACAUCAAUGAGGAGUGGAUAUCAGACAAGACGCGGUUUGCGUACGACGGUCUGAAGCGGCAGCGCCUGACCCAGCCGAUGAUGAAGGACGAUAGCGGGAGCCUGGGGCCGUGUACGUGGGAGGACGCCCUGCUGAGGACCGCGGGAAAGCUACACAGUGUGCGGGGUGAGGAGGUGGGGGCUGUCGUGGGGGGGCAGGUGGACGCUGAAGCCCUGAUCGCCCUGAAGGACCUACUCAACAGGUUGGGCAGUGAAGCACUCUGUACAGAGGAGAUCUUCCCCAUGAAUGGUGCUGGGACUGACCUGCGCUCCAACUACCUGCUCAACACGUCCAUCGCAGGUGUGGAGGAGGCAGACGUCCUGCUGCUGGUGGGGACAAACCCACGCUUCGAGGCUCCGCUCUUCAACACACGCGUCCGGAAAAGCUGGCUGCACAACGAUCUCCAGGUGGCUGUGCUGGGUGCACCUGUCAACCUGACGUACGAGUACGCUCAUCUGGGGGAGUCUCCCAGCGCUCUACAGGACCUCAUCGACGGGAAACACCCGUACUCCAAGGUCCUGGCAGACGCUAAACGUCCCAUGGUGGUGGUCGGCAGCGAGGCUCUGCAGAGGGGAGACGGCGCGGCCGUUCACAAGGCUGUCAGCGCGCUGGCACAGAAGCUGCGUACGACCAGCCAGGCAGACGGGGAAUGGCGAGUUCUGAACGUGCUGCACAGGGUGGCCAGCCAGGUGGCAGCACUGGAUCUUGGUUACAAGGCGGGGGUGGACGCCAUCCGAGAGAACCCGCCCAAGGUGCUGUUCCUGCUGGGGGCUGACGGUGGCGCUGUUACACGUGAAGAUCUUCCCAAAGACUGCUUCGUUGUUUACCAGGGUCACCACGGCGACGUGGGAGCACCUAUGGCCGACGUGGUCUUGCCAGCGGCGGCGUACACGGAGAAGACGGCCACGUACGUCAACACGGAGGGCCGCGCCCAGCAGACCAGAUCGGCCGUCAACCCGCCCGGGAUGGCACGGGAAGACUGGAAGGUCCUGCGGGCGCUGUCGGAGCUGGCCGGGCUCACGCUGCCGUACGACACGCUCGACGAAGUCCGAGGAAGGCUGCGGGAAGUUUCGCCAAACCUGGUGCGGUACGGAGACGUCGAAGAUGCCAACUACUUCAAGCAGGCACAAGAACUGUCAGGUCUAGUGGAGGGGAAAAUCAGCGCAUCACCACUGCAGCCAACUCUGCAGGAACUUAAGGACUUCUUUAUGACAGAUUCUAUCAGUCGAGCCUCCCAGACCAUGGCCAAAUGUGUCAAGGCUGCAUCAGAUGAGCAGGAGAGCAAGCAUACAGAAUACUAG